GGAACUUUGUUUGUUUGUUUGUUGCUGCAUGUGUCGUGGUCGUGGCAGGGCUCGAGGCUCGAUAUGCAUAGUAAACACUCUCUAUAUAUGCAGAUCAAUCGUCAACCACGUCAACCCUUUGCUGCCUUCGCAUACGUGGUUCUGCAGCAUUGAUACUACAUCGAGUGGAGACUAGCGUCAGAAACACAACAUCGAUCGAUAUAUCCUCAAAUUCGUAAUAAACAAUGAUGGAAACUCUUGGCGUCAGUGUCUUCCAUUUGGAACAAGUCUUUGCGGAAGAAGAAGUAUGUGCUGCCAGUCAUGCCGCAACUGGAAAUCCGCUCUCUAAAGACUCCAAAGUCUAUGACAUUGAGGAUCUACGCGGUCCUCCCGGGGUCAUUCGAACCAAGGGAGCCAGCAUCGUUUGUCCAAUCGAUGGAAAAAUGGGUGCUGCGUAUGUCCAUUGUCUGGAAGGAGAUGACCAUGUGGGAGAGGCAACUCAUAUGCUCAGUUAUUCUUGGAAUUAUUCGAUUGGGGAUAUUGUGGAUACUCUGAAUGACUUCUGCCAACAAAAUCAGCUUGAUCCCAAGAGAACGUAUAUCUGGAUGUGCUGUCUAUGUGUGAAUCAACACCGGGUAGUAGAAAACUCCGCUCAGCACAAAUCAGGAAUGAUAGCAUCUACCAAGGUGGACUUCUUUGCCAUCUUUGGAGAACGAGUCAAAAAGAUUGGUCAUUUGCUGGCCAUGAUGGCUCCAUGGAAAGCACCCAUCUACAUCACUCGAGUUUGGUGUAUAUUUGAAAUCUUUACGGCUCACAGGAUGGGUGGUUGCAAAGUGGAUAUUGUCAUGCCACCCAAGGAGAAACAAUCACUAGAGCAGGAUGUUGUUGAUAACGAUAGAGGCAUCAAUGCUCUCUACGAGACACUUGGCAACACAAAAGUUGAAAAUGCCAAUGCAUCAGUCGAAAGUGACAGGCUGUCUAUUCUUGGUCAAGUACAAUCGGACGUUGGAUACUCUGUGCUCAACAAUCUAGUCAAUGACUUGUUGCGUGGUUGGAUGCAAGGCGUCCUGACUCAGCUGGUGGAAACCAGGGAAAACACAAAUAAUGUGGGCUAUGUGAAUUUUUGCAACCAAAUUGGGGUUAUCUUAAGGACAAAGGGGGAACACAGUGCAGCCAUGAAACUCCACCAAACUGCUCUGACAAUUUGUGAGGCUGUGUUGGGCAAGAACCAUGAAAAAACAGCAGAAACUUAUAGCAACAUUGGAGAGGUAUUGCAUGAUAUGGGUAACUAUGAAGGUGCCUUGUCGAAGUACGAGGAAGCGCUUGCCCUUAUAUUGUCAGUGUUUGGCGAGAAUCAUUCUGAUGUCGCCUCUGCCUACAACAACAUUGGGUUUGUACUCGAUGAUAUGGGUGACAAAGAAGGUGCUUUGGCCAAAUACAACCAAAGUCUUGCCAUAAAAAAGUUAGUAUUGGGCGAGGAACAUGAGAAUGUGGCAACCACCCACAACAAUAUCGGUCUUAUUUUGGCUGAGAUGGGUGACCAUGAAGGUGCUCUGGCAAAGCAGAAGGAAGCUCUUGCCAUUCAAUUGUCAGCAUUGGGCAAGAAUCAUCCUUAUGUGGCAAGUACCUACAACAAUAUUGGUUUUGUUUUGGAUGAGAUGGGUAAUUAUGAAGGAGCUUUGGCAAAGUACAAGGAAUGUCUUGCUAUUGAGUUGUCUGUAUUGGGCAGGAAUCAUCCUGAUGUGGCAACCACCCACAAUAACAUUGGCUCUGUUUUGUAUGAGAUAAGUGACUAUGAAGGUGCUUUGGCAAAAUAUGAGGAAUCUCUGGCCAUUAGGUUGUCAGCAUUGGGCAAGAACCAUCCUGAUGUGUCUUUUACCUACAACAAUAUUGGUGUUGUUUUAUAUAAGAUGGGUGACUCUUCUGGAGCCUUGUUGAGAUUUCGGGCAUGCCGUGCCAUUCGGGAGCCAGCAUUGGGAGCAGAUCAUUGUGACACCAAGGAGUGCUUGGAAUGGAUUGAACGUGUCAAGUCAGAAAUGCAGCAACCUUGAUUUGGGAAGGUCCAGAAGCGGUAAAAUUGCCAAUGCCUUCCUUCCCCUUACCCUUUAGAACAUUGAUGGUCCUCGACGGUUCCCGUGUGUUGCUGCUUCUACAAUUUUUCCCUCGGCAAUCUAGAUCUGCAUCACUAGUCAUUGACCUUUGGCUCCCUUUUCCUUUCGCUGGCCUCCUUGGGUUGGUCUGUCUUUAAGUUUUCGUGGGGAUCCGUCUCCAUCGGAAUUAGAGUUGGUCCUGAUACGACAGAUCAGAGGCUAUACUUUUCGCGUUGCUCAAGGAAAAAGUGAAUCAACCCGCACCCGUCACGACGCCACAACGUCCUCUUAGUAGAAGUAGCGAGGGAGAUCGACUGCUUGUACAACAACAAUGCUGGGCAGACAGCUUGAACGACGGCAACAUCGUGGCGGAACCCUCCUCCUCUCGGGUACUGGUUGGCUGAUCAAGGAGCCAACAUGCCACACGGAUACGAUAUACUUUUGCUUGUUUAGACGUUCAAAUCUUUUUGAAUCAAUG